GUCUCGUCAUUUAACUGCCACUAAUGUUAUUCCUAAAUCCUGGACUAAUUAUGGGCUGGGAUCUUGUACACUAAACAUCACUAUUUAGGGGAUUGCUCUGUGUUCUAAUGGCAAUGAAGGUUGCUGCUCACAAGCACAACAUAAUUAUUGUAUGCUCUCUCACGUGUUUUUCCUCAACCUUGGUGUCAUGUUGAAGGAGAAUUAUGAAAGAGGAAGAAAAAAAUCCUUUUUCUCAAACCUCUGUUUCUGUUGGGAAAGAGGAUCUUUUUGGUACAAUGCCAAAUGAAUGAACUUGCCCAAAAUACAUUUUGUGGUCAAUGAUGGUGAUGUACUUAAUGGAGCUGAAGUUGUUUAUUCAGAAUAUGCUCUUUUUAUGUGAAGAACAUUGGACUUCCUUGAAAAUUACAGAGAAUUAAAGAUCAUAGUUUGGGUCAGUCUUGAGUUGUUUUGAAUAGUCUUAAGAGAACUGGAAAUAGAGCAGUCAAAGCACGUGUGUCAAGUAACAGCAUUAUAAAUAAUACAGUCACAAUAAGUACAGGCCCGCAGUCAAGUUUUACUGUGCAUCUUGUAAAUUAAGCUCUUGCAAGCUGUUUCUUGAUGAUAAUUAGUUUACCUCCUUGAAGGAGUCGCUGCCAAAAUAAUCUUUCCUUUAUGUUGUAUAUAUUUUUUAUCUAUGAGGCAUAGUUGACUUGUUUUGAUAAUUGAUGAUAUCAGAAUAAAUGUUGUUUCAGGACAAAUAUUAAAGUCAUUAAUAAGGUGUAGACUUUGAGAAGCUCUUCCAUGCUCAUUUCUUUUCCUGUGCAUUGUACUGUUGUAGAAAAAGGAUGAUGAAGUGAAAAUCCAUCUUUUGAAAUGUAGAGAAGAGAAAGUAAGUCCCUGUCCUGAGCUGAGACAAGCCUCUUUAACAGCAGUUUAAAAGGAAGUGUUUGAAACUGCACAAUACCUACUCACCUAGGUUCAUUAGGGUGCCAGACAGGAUCUUGAAUUCACCUCCACAGAAUGUGGAGCGUUUGAUCUGAUCAGCUCUCUAAAGAUUAUCUAUUUUGGCUGGAAGCAUCCCAGUUCUGUCUGGGUUCGUUCUGAACUUGCAGUGUUCCCUUUAAGAACUGAGGUGUACAGGCAGGCUGAUGAUGUGCAUGAUGACUCUAUUAAAAGAUUUCAUAAGGCAGAAUAAUUAAUCAUGGCUUUUAAAGUUUUAUGUCAUUUCUGCGUUUUGAUUUGGAUUGGAAGCAACCUUUCUGCAACAUUUAUUUAGUCAAUAAAUAAAUGUACCAGAUGUGCAUGUACAAAUACUCCUUUUCUGUUUAUGUUUUAUAGGGAUUUCAGAGAAGGAGCUUGCAGGGUUAAAGAGCUAGAUAAAGCCUCUGGUAGUAUAAUGUCUUUGUUAGGAUGUUGUGAUGCCACUGGAGACACCCCGGCAAUCCUGUAAACAGAGGUACUCUUUACAUAAUGCAGUGUAAAAAGAGCAGCAGGGUUUCUACUCUUUCCUACUCUGCUCUUCUAAUUAUUGUUUUUAUAAUGCAAAGUAUUGUUACUCCAUCCCAUCCUCCAGCUGAAAAUGGACCGUAGAAGCAUUGUAGUUGGCAUUUCUAUGCAUGUUUUUUCUGUGCAGGAAAGGAAAUUGCUGAUAAGCACAUUGCCACGGCUGCCUACCCAGCAGACCUGCCUCCGAGAGCCAGAGGGAUGGUGGUAGUUACGGGGCAGAACAAAGUGAGUGGAAACCCGGAUGAUGCCAUGUCGAGCUCGGAUGCAGAGGAUGAUUUCCAAGAGCCAGCCACUCCUACUGCAACCCAGGCAGGACAAGCACUACCUCUGCUGCCUCAGCAGUUUCCAGAAGUUGUUCCACUCAACGUAGGAGGCAUGUAUUUUACAACAAGACUGUCGACACUGAGGCGGUACGAGGAUACGAUGCUGGCGGCUAUGUUCAGUGGAAGACACUACAUCCCAACAGAUGCUGAAGGCAGAUAUUUUAUUGACAGAGAUGGAACCUACUUUGGAGACAUACUUAACUUUCUACGAUCUGGUGAUCUGCCGCCAAGAGAACGUGUGAGGGCAGUUUACAAGGAAGCUCAGUAUUAUUCCAUAGGACCAUUGCUAGACAAUCUAGAGGAUAUCCAGCCUCUGAAAGGAGAAAAAGUUAGACAAGCUUUCCUGGGCCUUAUGCCGUAUUACAAAGAUCAUUUGGAAAGGAUCAUUGAAAUAGCAAAGCUCAGAGCUAUGCAGAGAAAAGCAAGAUUUGCAAAAUUGAAGGUCUGUGUCUUCAAAGAAGAGAUGCCCAUCACUCCCUAUGAAUGCCCACACUUCAAUUCUUUACGUUUUGAAAGGAGUGAGAGUGAGACAAAGCUAUUUGAACAUCACUGUGAAGUAGAUGUAUCUUUUGGGCCCUGGGAGGCUGUGGCUGAUGUAUAUGAUCUCCUGCACUGUAUUGUGACAGACCUGUCUGACAGAGGGAUAACUGUGGAUCAUCAGUGUAUUGGGGUGUGUGAUAAACACCUGAUAAAUCACUAUUACUGCAAGCGUCCUAUCUAUGAAUUCAAGAUUACUUGGUGGUGAGUUACCUUGUCCAGAACAGUGCAGGGGAUAAAAGGACUUCUAGAUGACAAUUGCUUUUAAUAUUUUUGCAACGUGUCUCUGGAAAUGCAUUGCUGCUAACAAGUAUUGGAAUCAGUCUGCUGAAACGUUGGCUAAUGCUUAGCUGCUCAGCACAAGGGAAAACCUGGUACAGAGGUUGGCAAACCUCUGCAGUCUUGAAAAACCAGCCUGAAACAAGACUCUUGGCUCAGGUACCUUAACGAGGCACAAAACAAAAUCACCUCAUGGAAGUUACAGAGUGGAGCAUCUAACAUCUUCUAUAAGGUGGCCCCUUCCAUGUAGCUUUAGUAUCAGAAACUGCAAAACGGACAUUGCAGCUCUCACCUGCAUUGUUAUAAAGUGGGGGUGCUAAGAAUGCUGACAUAAGGUGGUUGAAUUUUACCCACUUAGAAAAGUUUUAAUCACUACUUAAACUUGCCACUUCCUAAAAUCGAGUAACACCCAGCACAGAGAUUCUGGAAAUGUAAUUUUCGUGUAAUAGAUCAUUAAAAAAAGCAAAAAGAAAGGAGCGUUCCCUAUAUAGUAUUAACUGUUGUCAUGAUUAAGCUAUAUUUCUUUUUUAAUUAAAAAUCUGCAUUGUGACUUAUAACAUUAUAUUUCAAUUAUUUCCAUUGUUAUAAGAAGGAAUAGCAGAUUUGGAAUAUAUUCCUUAAUGCUUUUAGGAAUAAUAACUGUUCAUGAAAGACUUGUGCCUGUUUUUAGCCUUAGAAAUUCUAAAUGUUUACAGUAUCUACAAAAAAAAAAAAGCUCUUUAGAAUCAGGUCAUUUACAAAGGCUUUUGGUAAAUGAGAAAACCCUAUGUGUAUGUUCCUAUUAGCAGAAGUAAGAGGAAUAUUUAAUGUAUGUUAUUUUAUUACUGAGUCUUUUUACAUUCUGUGAUAUUAAACUUUGUUCUAGAGUUAGAGUCAAGUGAUGAUACUAGACAAGUGCUUUCUUCACCUCACCUUCUCCAGGCAAUUAAGUCUCAUUUUUAACAUUCUUGUUGACCCUUCCUGGUAUAAUAUCAGGAAAAAUAAUUUCAUAACCUUCAUAUUCAAAUAAUUCUCCAAUUAUAAACCAAUAUAUCUGUGUAGUAAAUGUCUUUCCAUGCUGAAGGAGGCAGACACUGCAGAAUCGUGUUCUUUUCUGAAGGUAAUAGUUGCACUUCUGACAUUAGUAACCACAUUUCAAGGCUGGAUUACUUAAUGUCCAAAACUGAAAGGGAGAACUAAACAUCUGAAGAUACAACUGUUGUGUGAGGGACAGAAAAUCAAGUAGUUCUCCAAAAGACCCCACGUGAAGUAGCCUCAAAGUAAUCUUAAAGAGAGGGAAAAUAAAUGUUUGUGUAUUGCAUUCCAUUGGAUUAGCUGAUCCAAGAAUAUUGCUUAAUUAAGCUUGUGACCAAAACACUUAAGAAACAUGUUAAUUAGAAUUAUUCUUAAAAUUACCUCAGUAACUGAGAAUUUUCAUAAUUAUAAUAACUUUAUGAUCAAAUUGUCUUGCAAAAAAAGAGGCAACUUGUUUGCGUUGUCACACUUGUAUUUAUGUAAUUUAGGAGGUUUUAGUCAUGUGCCUCUCUGAGGUGGGGGCGUACAGCUCUGAUGAUCUCUUUUCACAUGUUUACUUACAGAGGAUCAUUGUCAAGUGCUGAGGUUCAAGUCCAGAGCUUAGAUUUUGAAAUGGAAGGAGGGAGGAAAUCAUGUGCAUUUGGGUCUUCAUUUAAGUUCAUUUCAGUUGUUUUUUUAAAUAUUGGCCUUAUGUUACAAGGUGUUGGACUUGUGUUUGACAGCGCAAAAUUAAAAGUCAAAUGAGACUACUUAAGAUAUUUAAGUUCAGGAUUUACAGGACCAGUUUAUAUAAAGAUUACAAUGAGAAUUGCAGUCUUACUGGGUUAAUCAGUAACCAUGUAUGUAUUUCCAUGGGACAUAAGUCUGGUUUGAAUUUCAGCACAAAUGGAACAGUUGGAUUUAACAGUAUGUUUUUAGUUUGGCUGUAAGACUUCUGCUGUUACUCUAGAGAAGCUGUGAUGGCAAAAUCCCUGUUUUGAUCAUGUUUGCUAUUUCUUAAUAGGCACACACUGAUAUUUUAUAACAUUCCUCCUAAGGAAGACUAACUAAAAAGACAGUCUUAGUUUGUAUCACUUGCAUCUCAUUUGAUGCUUUCAUCCUUCAGAUCCUCCAGAAGACAGCAAACAUUAAGUGCAAUAUUGAAAGAGAAAGCAGGGAUUUGAGCCAACAUGCUUUCAUUAAACAUGUACAUUCUGUGUUGUGACUUGUGCAGGUUAAUAGUAUUGUUACUGACUACACUCCUUCUAAGCAGUCUUUGUUUACAAUGAUUUAGAUGAUGUUGCCUAAUGUGGGUUCAUGUUUUGGCAGAAACAGAAGAGUUGGGCAGGCGGAUGUCAGGGAGUUCAAUCUAAUAACUGGUUUAUUAUUGACUUACCUUUUCUUGGCGUGUAGCGUAACUUUUGAAUUCUGCAUUUGCAACAGAAAUGUGAGUAGCUGAUCUACUAAAUCCAUAUUUAAGAUGACUGAUGUUUUUGUAUAUCGUGGAUGCUUUAUAAUUGUCUAAUUAAACUAAAUGCCUACGUAAUA